AUCCGUAUUGCCUGUCGCUUUCGUUCAACCAGCAGGUCCCUUGUCAACAGCAUCCCUGCCACCGUGUGCUCCGACAAAAAUAUGCUUCUGAAUUUUCCGAAGUACUAAACUAAUAAGAGAAACAGUCGCUGUGUUAACCACCGGAGAAGCGUUUGUUAACUCAGCUUUCCGGCACACCACCAACCCAAUCAAUCAUCAGCAUACUCCAUCUCAGCUCAAGAAAAACCGCUGCUUCACGUGGCACUCAGGCAGCGCGCCGGCGUACGCAAUCACGCGGCAUAAAGAAUCCUCCACCCGAGCCGAGUUCUUCCGAGUUCAGACAAGUCCAUCCGAUCCGACGCCGCCCUCCACUUCCGGUCCGGCGCAGCGCAAUGCAACUCGCGAUGUCACCGGACAGCCUCCUCUUCUUCUGCUCCGUCGCGGCGUCGGCGGCCGCCGCCUUCGCCCUCGUCUCGUUGUACAAGCACCUCGCGCACCGGCGGGCCCAGCCCUCCGCGGGCGACGGCCUCGCCAUGUCGGCGGGCUCGGCGGCGGCUGGAGCUGGAGGCGAUGGCUCGGAGGAGGAGAUGCUGCCGCUGAGCGCCGCGGCGGCGGGGCUCCCGGCUUUCAUGUACAGCCGGCUGGUCAGGCACAGCGGCAAGGGCGCGGGCUGGACGGAGUGCGCGGUCUGCCUCGGCGCCAUCCAGGUCGGCGCCAUGGUGAAGCUGCUGCCGGCCUGCGGCCAUGUCUACCACCGCGACUGCAUCGACCUGUGGCUGUCGUCGCGCUCCACGUGCCCGCUCUGCCGGCGCAGGGUCGGCGACGCCGCCGCCGCGCCCGGCCAGGAGCCAAGCCGGCAGCUCGCUCAACCUUCACCAGCGUAGACCGUCUUCAGUUCUUCAAACCUGCAACAGAUGUUUCUACUAGGAUCCUCCCCACAACCGCACCCCCACCCCACCUCCUUUGAGCUUUAUGAGCAAGAUGCGUACAUGCUGUAGCCUUUACUUGGACAUAUUGUGGAUAAUGAGCAGAAGAAGCUUCCCAGUGUCAGCAUGUAGACUGUUGACACGGUGAAAGACAAGACACCAGGUCAGAGAAAUCACCAACCAUACUAUGAUGAAUGCCAGGAUUAACACAACAGGCCAAAGCAAAACUGAGGGAAC